UGCAGAAGACAAAGCCAGCAGAGGAGACACCUGAGUUGCUUCACUCAGAGCAGUGGCCAGGCGAGGAGGAGCAGACAUGUGGCAGGAGAUCCUUCCAAAUGCCUGGGAGUGCAUCUUGUCCCGUAUCAGGUCUUUUGAAUAUUCUCAGAAGAAUGCAGUCCUGGUCCCUGUGGCUGCCCUGGGGUUUGGAGGGAUGCUGGUUUACUGGAUGAGAUCUAGACAAAAGAUCAAGACUAUUGAAAUAGGCGAUGGAUGGUGGGGCUCAGGUGAAAGACCCCUAAAAGGGAAAGAAGAUGAAAGUAUCCGUCCCUUCAAGAUUGAAACAUCUGACAAAGAAAUCGAGGACCUGCACCGGCGCCUGGAGCAGGCCCGCUAUGCACCGCACCUGGAAGGAGCCGCCUUCCACUACGGUUUCAACUCCAGCUACCUGCAGAAGGUGGUGGCCUACUGGAGGAACCAGUUCGACUGGCGCAAGCAAGUGGAAGUCCUGAACAAAUAUGCCCAUUUCCAAACCACCAUUGAAGGGAUUGAUAUCCAUUUUAUCCACGUGAAGCCCUCCUACAUCCCUCACGGUCGAGCUGUUCAACCUCUGCUGAUGGUCCAUGGCUGGCCUGGCUCCUUCUACAAGAUCAUCCCUCUGCUCACGGAGCCAGCCAGGCACAGCCUGAAUGAGGGUGACGUGGUGUUUGAGGUCAUUUGCCCAUCUAUCCCAGGCUAUGGUUUCUCGGAGGCACCACACCAGAAAGGCUUUGACACCAUAGCAACUGCUCGGAUAUUUCAUAAAUUGAUGAACAGACUGGGCUUCAAGGAAUACUACCUACAGGGAGGAGACUGGGGAUCUCGUAUUACCACAAACAUGGCCCAGAUGCUGCCACAAUCUGUGAAAGGGCUUCAUCUGAAUCUCAUCUUCAUCACCAGACAAGGUUUGAGAAGGAUGAUUUCUGUGAUGCUUGGGGCUUAUGUACCAUGGCUUGUAGGCCUCACUAGGGAAGAUGUUCAACGUAUGUACCCUUUCAUCCAGAAGAAUAUAUAUGAACUUCUGCGAGAGUCUGGAUACUUACACAUCCAAGCCACCAAACCAGACACUGCAGGUUGUGGACUGAAUGACUCCCCUGUGGGGCUUGCUGCAUAUAUUUUGGAGAAAUUCUCUACCUGGACAGAUAAAUCAUUUCUGCAUAAAGAUGAUGGAGGCUUGGAAAGCAAGUACUCUCUUGAUGAGCUUUUGACCAAUGUGAUGAUUUAUUGGGUGACAUCCUCCAUUGUGUCUUCAAUGCGAUUCUACAAGGAGAACAUCUCCAAGGAGCCUGGUCUCACUGCUGAUGCCAGGGUUGGAGUAUAUGUUCCCACAGGGAUUGCAGCUUUUCCUCAGGAGCUAGUACAUACACCACGUGUCUGGGCAAAGGAUAUCUUCAAGAACAUCAUCACUUACUCUUACAUGCCACGUGGAGGGCAUUUUGCUGCCUUUGAGGAGCCAAAGCUUCUGGCACAAGACAUCAUGCACUUUGUCAGAAAGGUGGAACAGCUGUGAACCUGCAGUCAGAUACAUACACAGAAUGGAAGCAAGUUGUUCUGUCACCAACAGAACCUUUACUUUGAGCGAUUAAAUAAAUCCAAUAUAAUCACAUACAGAAGCCAGCAUUUUAUUUUGAUAAUGAUUAUAGUACUAAACUUGUUAAUCAAGUUCUAAAGCUCUU